GUGGAGCCAGCUGGUGACAGAGGCAGCUCAACACACACACGUUCACCCACACACGCUCGCGCUUAUACGCAGCAGCAGCAGCAGCAGCUCCUCCACGACACGCUCGAAGAAAACUCCAGUCGACAUGCCUCAGUUUUCAGACCUUGAGAAGGCCAUCAACACACUGGUUACCCAGUUCCACUCUGCUUCAGCAGACAAUAGCCCAAGCCUUAAAACAGAUGAAUUUAAAGGACUGCUGUCCUCCCAGAUGCCCAACCUGGUUAAGGGCAUCGGCACGGAACAAGGACUGGGCGAAAUCCUGCGAAAGAUGGGCGUAGGUGACGGAGAGGGAAUCUCUUUCUCACAUUUCUGGAACCUUAUCCAGUCUGUAGCCACCAACCAGCAUGGCCUCCUCAGCGGCGUGAAGGGAAGCUCAUGCAGCUGCAUUGUCCUGUGAAGAGCUAGCUUUCAGCCUUACACGUCAGUAAGCUCCGAGUUUCUACCCUGGAAUUAACCAACACACAUGCGUAUUACUAUCUUAAUCGGGUGUCAGACAGAAUACAAGUGUGCCAAGUCUCGCGUGCACAUGUCAAAAGCUUUCCAAAAUGUACCGCUAAGGAAGUUAGUGUAAUGCUGUGUGGUUUACACAUUUGUACCACCCAGCAUUCUUUGCUUUUUUUUUUUUUUUUUUUUCUUUUUUACAAGCAGCAAAACAAACCGUUUUAGUGUCAAACUGACUAUGUUGCAGCAUUGACAUUUUUUUCAUUUGUCAAAUCAAUGCAGCAUUCAUCAUUGUCCACUCAGCUUAAAAACAAAAAAAAUUACAUUACCAGCUCUGUCUCCAUUGUUCCUAUGUAUGUCACUCGCUUGCUGUCUCUCAUCUGUGCUGGAAAAGUAAAGUUCAAAUUAAAAAUGACUUUUGUUCAGUUCAAAUCUGUACAACCUUGGUGGAGAAGACAGUCCACAGGUGACUCACUUACACAUUCCAAACAGCGCCACCUUGUGGGUUCAAAUUGCUUAUCUUUCCUUUGGCACUCGUUGAUACCUUUAGAUGUUAUAUGAUGUCCUAUUUUUGCAAUUACUGCUGCACGACUGUAAGUGUUGUUACGUUUUAGAAUUGUAACCUCCUUUUUUUUUUUUUAUAUAUACCACGGUCGUUAAUAGUGCUCUCACGUCUCCGAUUCACAUCGCAAAAAAAAACAACGAACUAACGUCCCUCUGUUUCACGUCUACGUCGCAGAAUAAUAGAAUCGCUUCUAGCUCACCGCAUCUGAAAACCUCUGAGAGAUUGUAGACAUUAGCCACUAGUUUAACCACUUUCGUGCAAAAUAUAUUGUCAUUCACAACACUAUAUAGUAUACCUAACUUUGCGAGUCAAAAAUGCUAAAGUAUUAUGCAGUACGUGAGCGUCAAGGAGGAACUACUUUGUAAAGUCCAGACGUUUUUGAAACAUUCCAGAACUUCUCUCUGGUGCGACUGUGAUUGCUGCGACUCUUGCUUCCCAGUGUUUCUUUUGGCCUUAGAAGCGACGGUCCACACAUUAACUGGAUCCUGCGAUAUGUCAUCCCUAUCAACACAAAUCAAGCAGAUAAUAUCUCUAAAUAUAUGUUUUUACCAGCAUUGCUUUGUCCUCUAUAAUUCCGCAUUUUCUAUGUAUUUAUAUUUUGUAAUUCUCUGUAAUCUGACCUUUGUGACACCAUAAAAAAAAAAAAGAAAAUGAUGUAAUAAACAAUUAAAGAAA